CUGUGUUCCGAACGGUCGAACUCCGAACGGAGUUAUAAGCAAGGUUGAUCAAAAUCAAAAUAGAAGAUGCAGCUCCAACAAGUGCAAAAGGGGACGAUUAUGAAAUCUCCUUUGGGAAAAAGCAUGAGAAAAUUUGUUGCCAUAUCAUUUAUUGCUUUUGUCGGAACGGGAGCUUUACUUUACAGUGUCCUCGACAGUCACAUCACAGAAACGAAGAAACGGAGGGGAGAACAAGCAGCUGUGGAAACAUUUAGCACUAGUCAAGAUUUAGGAAGAUUAGAAUAUAUAAGAAAUGCAGCUGAUGGUAUGAAGGAUGACAAGUAAUAACGUCUCUGUGUCCGUAGUGCGUAAGGUGGUGACUUAUCUACUGAGAUUUCAUUGGCUGAUCAGUAUGAUAUGUUGAUUACAGCGACAUGUUGUGUGAUCUAAGUGACAAUAUGCACACAGAACACUGAUCUAAGUGACAAUAUACACACAGAACACUGUGAUCUAAGUGACAAUAUCCACACAGAACACUGAUCUAAGUGACAAUAUACACCCAGCCCACUGUGAUCUAAGUGACAAUAUGCACACAGAACACUGAUCUAAGUGACAAUAUACACGCAGAACACUGUGAUCAAAGUGACAAUAUGCACACAGAACACUCAUCUAUGUGACAAUAUACACACAGAACACUGUGAUCUACUGUGAUACCAGUUACUAUGGCUAAUGUUUUCAGUGACCAUAUGCACACAGAACACUGAUCUAUGUGACAAUAUGCACACAGAACACUGGGAUCUAAGUGACGAUAUACACACAGAACACUGUGAUCUAAGUGACAAUAUCCACACAGAACACUGAUCUAAGUGACAAUAUACACACAGAACACUGUUAUCUAAGUGACAAUAUGCACACAGAACACUGAUCUAUGUGACAAUAUACCCACAGAACACUGUGAUCUAAGUGACAAUAUACACACAGAGCACUGUGAUCUAAGUGACAAUAUACACACAGAGCACUGUGAUCUAAGUGACAAUAUACACACAGAACACUGUGAUCUAAGUGACAAUAUACACACAGAACACUGAUCUGCUGUGACACUGGUUACUAUGGUAACUGAUACAAGGUGUGACCGGCUGAAACAUUUUCUAAUGUACUAAAAGAAAAAUGAGUGUGUUUGCAUUGUAAUCAUUUAUACUUUCUUUCCAGUAAAAAAGUUGUUUACUUCCUGAAAGCAAUGCACAUGUUGUACUGUUAUUUGGCCAUGGUCUUGACAGACAGACAGAAAUAAAAGUGUGUGUUUGUUUAAUAAAACUUUGAUCAAGAAUUUCAGCUUGACACAUAAAAUACUCUAGCAUUAUGUCCAAAGACGUAAGAAAAAAAACAAGUUCAAAGCUUUCUCUUAAAAAGAUGGGAAGAGGGAACUCUGAGAAUGUUACGACAGUGACAAUACCCGUCGACCUUGAUCUGAAUGAAACCUGUGAGUUCCAGCAGCCAAUGGCUCCAAAAGCUGCUUCAGUGGGUCCUUGUCCCCGCUCUGGUAAAACAAAGAGGUCGCACCACACAGAACAUCGUAAUGGACAACAGAAACGAAUAAAGACAAAUAAAGACUUGUCUAAUUCUGAAGACAAUGUCCUUCCAGAGGAAAAGUCUGAGGUCAGAGAAGAGGGGUGUAUGAAUAGCAAUGUUCACGACAAUACUGAUCCAGGUAACAAAAUGAAGCAGGAAGUAGAGGAGGAUGACACAGUAGACAGAAGUAGAUGUCUUGCCUGUGGAUUGUACUUUCCACAAGUAGAUUUGAAUGUUCACAUACAGAAAUGUCUUCAGUCCAAAUUUAAUAGGACCACCAAGCCAGUCACAGGAAGACAGAGCAAGAGAGUGGACGAGGUAAAGCAGGAAGCAGACACGGAUGAGGGCUACUUCUGUCUGUUCUGUAAGAAAGAUUUGUCUCGUCUUAACUCUAAACUGAAAACACAGCACCUCAACAGAUGUAUGGAUAAGGAUGAGAAAAGGAAGAAAGAUGAAGAAAAGGAAAAGUUAAAUCUGGAGAGAGCCAGUAAAGCUGUUCUUUCUUGUCCAAUGUGUGGGAAACCUUUCAGAACAGAAAACGCAAGAAAAAUUCACCUUAAGAAGUGUGCCUUGACAAAUGGAAUAAUGACCGACCAAAUUCUCAAGCUUGUGAGGGACCAAGAGGAGGAACACAAGUUGAAGGUGGCAGCAGGCAUCAUUCCUCCAGAGGUUGGGAAAGUAAAGACUACUGCUGGGAGUUGUACGUCCAACACAAGGGGUAGAAAAGUAAAGGAACCAAAAACCCUGUUUGAUGAGGACACUCAUCUCGCCAUGGCGAUAUCCUCCUCUCUAGACGAUGAUGAGAAAGAAAAGGAAGCGGAGUUGAUUGGUCAGACACUUGGCUCCGAGCGUGCAGCAGCAAUAAACAUACAGAUUAAUAAGGGAAACAGGAAAAGGAAACAGCACAAAAAGGGGGAUCCAGAAGGUGUGCCACUGCUCCUGGCUUUGUCAGAUGAGGAAAAAAACAGACGACGAGAACUAAAAGUAUGCAGUAUUGUAGUCCCUCAGGAUGAAGAGGAGGAACUUGAAUGUACUCCAACCAUCAGGAGCAGUGAACUAAGACUACAACAGGAGGUCCCACAUCUGUGGACAAGGUCCUGUCUUGAGGACAAGGAAACAAAGAUCGGAGAGGAUUUCUACGUGUCCAGUCUAAUGCCCCCAGUAGAGGUGUCCAAGGCUGUCAUGGGAACCAAGAUAAGGAGAAUGUCGGAAAUCCCAGGGCGGAGGAGAUCGGUGUCGACUAGCCACCAAGAAGAGCUGGUGUAUUGUAAGAAUGAUGGUGAUGUGAUGGUUCAGAAGGACAACUUCAUUGCCUCCACUCAAACAGCUAUAGUGUUGGCUGAGCUAGCCGCCAGUGGUGAGGAGGAAGAACUGGAGACUUCUGUCCACUGUAGCGGCUUCUGUCCGGAGACAACCAUUAAGAUCAAGGGCUCUUUCCAGAGUGAGGCAGGCAGAGGUCUGCAGACAGCCAUGUUAGGCCUGGUCAAUGACCAGUCGGGGAGUGACGUUACCAUCAUUGUACAGGACAAUCAGGAAGUAUAUGCCCACACUCUUAUUUUAAACCACAGAUGUCCUGCCCUCCUUCAGCUGAAACAGGACUCCCAGAUAGUGUUGGAAGUGUCCUUUGAUGUGAUGUUGGUUAUUCUCAAAUAUGUUUAUGCUGGUCACAUCUCGUUGUGUUGGAGUAACGUUGACAAAGCCAGGGCUCUAUCGAAAAGACUAGAACUUGAUGAACUGACAAAGAUCUGUGAGGAAGUUUUAGCACAGGAUUCUACUGAAAUGGACAACACGUUAGCUGGUCACCAGGACAACACGUUAGCUGGUCACCAGGACAACCACAGUCGUCUUGAUACUAUUAAAAACCGCCAAUCAGAUGUAGACAGAAUUUUAAACAAUGUUUGGGGGGAGUCUUCUGAGGACGACGAUCCAGAGACUUGUCAUGAGAGUUCAGCUGAGGCGAGUCCUACUAAAAGCUGGCGUAAUACGACAGAUGAAGAAUACGGUGAUAUUACAUCUCCUCCGGCACGGACUAUUACAUCUCCUCUGGCACGGACUAUUACAUCUCCUCCGGCACGGACUAUUACAUCUCCUCUGGCACGGACUCAAAAUACAGUAAAGAAUCAUUCCGGUGAGAAUGAAUAUCGUGGAAAAUCAACACUUGUUGUAAAAGAUUCAGGGAAGAGCCCCUCAAAUAAUACACAAUGUCCUCGUGCAUGUGAAUAUGGAGUCAAGGGAGAUAACUCCGAUAGAAAUCAAGAAGAACUUCAGCAGGAAAUAAACAAUUUCUUCCAGGAUGACAGCUUUGACAUGACCUGUGACAUUCAGAAGGAUGAGACUGAGGACACAACAACUCAACCUUUGACUUCCAAGAGCAAGAACAGAAAUAUUAUCUUUGAGGACAAUGAGGUGGCACUGUUUACUGCUAGUGAAAGUUCAUCAUCUUUAGGCAGUGUUUCUCCCAACGUCAGUCUUCAGGACAGGGAAACUGAUUUGUCAGGUCAGCCCAGUGUUAGAGAUACAGGUAUGGAAGACAGCAGUUGUUACCGACAAACAAAACAAAUAAUGAAAGAAAAGGCGAAAGAGGCUGACAUCAUCAUCAGCAGUGAUGAAAGUGAGGAUGAAAUAAAUGAAGAUCAGAGUCCUAUAAAUGACUUUGAUGAGAAGAAUGAGACAAGACAGUUAUAUCCACAAGUACAGCAGUGUAAGACUAAACUCCUACAAAACAGCAAGUCAACAAGUCGGGUAUGGGACCCUGCAAUAAACGUGUCAAUCGAAGACGAUCAGUUGGUCAGUAUGGGAUCUUCUCCUCCAAGGUCGUUUCGACAGGCAGAGGAAAAUUCUCCUAUCCGACUCAGCCCAGAUCUGAUUGAAGACGAUGUUGCUGAGGAUAGCUUUCUUUUAUUAUCCUCCCCAUCUAAAAAAAGGAAGAGGGCUGCCAGAAAAAAAAAUACCAAAGUAAAAUCACCUGUGGUUGUUGUCAAAUCUCCGGAAAAGACAGAAUCUUUUUAUUCAGACACCCCAGUAUCUACCCCAGUAUCUAACGCUGAAACGUCUGGGUUAGAUUUAUUUGGUAGUCCUUCACCUUGCAACAAACGAAGGAAAACAGAUUCCCCAAGAAAGCUACGACAGGAUGCUAGUUAUUUAGAUGACAGAACAAGGUUUUCUAAGAGUUCCAAAUCUCUCAAUCUCUCACCAAAAUCUAUUUCUCCCAGGAACUUAACAUCGAAUGAAUUGGAAAACAACUCGCCUACUUUUUCUCAUUCACAGAAGCAUGGCACAAGAAAAUUAUUUGUAUCGGAACAACGAUUUGAUUCCAAUAAACCUGAUCAACCAUUUGAACCCUGUAAAUCUAAAUUGGAUCCAUCACAAGAAUUGAACACCGGAAAAGAUGUUCUGAACUUAAGCAUGGGAGUGAUGUCAUCAGGACAGACUGAUAGGCAUGUUGAUGGUGAUGUCGAGUGUAUAGGGGAUAAUCUCCAGAACAUACCACACGGCUCUCCCAUAUUCCAUGCAAAGAUGAAAAAGAAAUGGAAGUUUACAAAAACAAAUAUUCACAAUGCACAAACGGAAACUAGUCCCGAAAAAAUGAAGGUUCUGUCAUUGAAUACAGAACUGACAGGAUCGUCUACUGGAGGUCCAGAACACCAGGCUGUGUGGAUAGAGGUGUCACCUGUGAAACUGUCUCAGGAAAAUAGCCCUGUUGUCAACAGAACGGCUCUAGACAUUGAUCAGGGAAAUAGCCCUGUUGUCAACAGAACGGCUCUAGACAUUGAUCAGGGAAUUAGCCCUGUUGUCAACAGAACGGCUCUAGACAUUGAUCAGGAUAUGUCCAUUCCGAGGGAUGUCUGGGACGACUUUGAUGACAGUGGGGCAGGGUUCGUUGGAACAGGUGACAUUUCCUCUGUGACCUCGACCUCUGUGACCCCGACCUCUGUGACCCCAAAGGGACAUUAUUCCUUUUCUAACAAGGAUGAAAGUGAGGCGAAGAUAAAUUCAAACAUUCACCAAUCUCCUGCCGUGCAGACACCUAAUUUUCCCAGGCACCUUGAGAAAACUCCAGGUUAUUUACGGGACACAGCUCCAACAGAAGACUUUGACGAGAGUUUUGUUUGGGGAGAAGAUAAUGUGUCACUGAGGGCUGACAGGGAACCAGGCGGUCAAGCUAAGAUGUUGUUCAAGACUCCAACUGUAUGUAAUCAACAGAAGGCUGCGAUGGCUAAACCAUGGAAACCACCCUCUCCCUUUACUCCGAUGCCUCGGUACGACGGCAUGAACACGCCACAGCUUAAGCGAGCGGUAAACAAGAUUGGUGUGCGCCCUGUAGGUAAGAAGAGGAUGGUUGCUUUGUUAAAGGAUGUCUACGAUAAAACUCACCAAUAUGAGACAGACAGUGACUGUGAGGAAGAUGAGGAGGAGGGAUCAGGUUGUACCAAGGAGAAAGAUACGGAAGCUGAUGAAUUAAACUCAAGUCAGGAAUCAUCUCAAAGUGACAUGGUAGAAGAAAGUUUCAUGCAAGGAUCCACGGACGACCUCGUGCCAAGUCAGCUGUCACAGAAAGACGACACGGCUCUGUCAGAAAAACUUGAGCGGUUUUUUAUAUCACGCACAGAUAUUCACAGGAAAACCCUGAUGUACGAGCCGCUGGAAGUGGACUGGCUUAAGAAGGAAAUCACAGAGGCUGGCAUCAAAUGUUCAAUGCAGAAGUUACUGGAUUUCUUAGAUGAAAUGUGUAUCACCUUUACAAUGAAGAAGAUGCGGCAAGAAAGGAAUGCAAGAAAAGGAAAAGGACGAGGUAAAUUGUCACCUUCAAAAAAGGGAUCACCAAAAAAGAAGACAGCCUCCCCAUCAAAGAAAGGGUCCCCAACAAAGACGAAAGCUUCUAAACAAGUCAAAGGCUCUCCACAGAAAAAGGGUUCUAAGGGUACAGCGAUGAAGCCAAUAUCUUAAUCUAGUAGGGAUCAUGUCAGCAAAUUAUGUCUGAAUUGUGCUCAAGAAGAAGAUACAUCAAGUUGUUUUCUGAAACAGAAGCAUUAAAACUCAAAAUGAUUUGAUCACAAUCUAUCUGUAGAUAAUGUUAUAUUUAUGUAGAAAGUUGUGUCUUUUAUGUUUCUGUCUCCUUGUCUGUCCUUGUUCCUGUGUCCACAUGUCCAAAACAAAUACUUUCCAGACUUUUGGAAUAAUUAAUCCUAUGUAAACAUUUGGGAGAAUUUUGGUAGUCUGUAGUUUUAGGGAAGUGUUGGUUUCAGUAUACUAUCUCUUGAAUGAUGCAUACGAUCUAAACCGACCUUGAUUGGCUGGUGCCCCUUUGGAAGAGGAAAAUCAUUAUUGAGUUAGGGGAUUCUGGGUCAAAGGUCAAGGUCACAGUUACUAAAAGAUAAACUGAAACUUUGUGAAGAUGUUGAUUUCUGGAUGGUAUCGUUUGAACUAUAAAUCAGGUCUAAACCAGACUUAGUUGCCUGUUUGGAAGCGGAUUAUAUCAUAUGUAUUGUAUUAGGCAACAAUUUAAAUCAAGACAUCUAUAAAUACACUUAUGUUUGUAAUAUGUUCGUUUCUGGAAUCUAAGCAAAUAGAUAUGUCCCCAAACCAGGAGCUUAUCCAGGGAGUGUCUAUGUCAGUUGGUACCAACUCUGUCUGUCAUUUAAAGAAUAUUGUUUUUGAAUACGUUUUACUGUUCCUGAAUUUGUACAUACUACUGUGAGAUUUGUAAAUACUAUUAGUGUGUUUUCACACAGCAAGGAGUCAGUGGUCAUGUCUGAGUACAUGCAUUAUAUACAAUGAAAUAGUAACAAGAGCCCACACUUCCCUGUACUGUCAUUCUAGAUAGUAGAUACAUUAUGGCCAUGACCAUCAUUGGAUAUAACAGAGGAGAUAAUGUAAUCACCAUAUGUGUACGAAAUGUGGAUAAAUUAUGAAUCUAGAAUAAUUUGCAAAUAUCAGGAAAUUGGUGCCUUAAAUAUAUAUAGUUUUAGUCAGGUAUAGUUACGUAGAAAAAUAAAACUUUGGAAGAAAAUUU